CCUGUGGCUCCGCGAGCGGGCACGCACACACUCAACAUACACAUAGAAACACACGGGAGAGAAGACGUCACAUCAGCUGGACAAGCCGAAGGACACAGGUAGAGUGAUGUCAGAGUCUCCGGGCCACCGUUCCUCUGUCUCCUCUGUCUCCUCCAUCUCUCUGGUGGAGACCAAGGCUGAGACUCGUUUAGUCCUCCAAGCUUUCCUCCAUCGGGCCAUUUCUGUCCCCCCGAAGGACAGGCCUGGUAGAGUAGGAGGUGCCUACGCAGACCACAACAAGUUCAGCUCCAAGCCACAACCAAAAACAAAGGAUAGUCAUGAUUCUGAGGCUCAAGUUGUCAGUUCAGAAGAUGAGAAGAAGACUGGACUCAGAGACCUCAUCAAGCAGCUGUCUCUUCGUGACACAUCUCGCCGCCGUACCAAAGACCAUAAAGGCUCACUGGACAGGGACGGCAAGGGUGAUGUCUUCUCCCACUCCUCUUCAUCAGAAGAUGAUGACAAUGAUAAGACGCAGCAGAAGAAGCUGAGCAAAAAGAAAAUCAAAAAAAGGAUCUCAGAGUUCUUCAAGAAGGAGAAGAGGCCCAGCAAACUGCUAAUCAGUAAAGAACCAGAACCUACGCCGGCCGUCGUCUCUCCCAGCCACCCUCCUGAGUUCUAUGAUGGGGUAGCACAGAAGCUGGAACAGAUUGCUAAGAGGGUCAGCAGUGUAAAGAAACCGUGCCCCACAGCCCAGCCUACACCAGCAAGCGAGUGUGAUAAAGAGGCAAUGGUGCAGCGGCUCGUUCAUUUGCUCUGUGUGGAGGGAGACUUUAUAAACACUAAGAUCCAGGCAGAACCCUCCCUGCGCUCCAGCUUAAAUCGUCUUUCGUACGCGUCGUUCGCCAAGCUUCUGGACACUUUCAGCACCAGUCAGGUAUCUGAGGCCCCAGCCCUGCCGCCGCCGGCUAGUCCAAUGCUGCAACGCUUGGCGGUGUCCAUGGAGGUAUCACGACGGAUAGUCACAGCCACAGGAACCACGCACAUGCAAGGCUAUGCAGAGUGCUACAUGGAGAACUUUGCCCCCUGGGUCAAGAGCCAUGGAGGAUGGGAGAACGUGGUCAAUUUGGAGGACCCUUUAGAGUACGACUGAACUACUGGCUGUCUUCUUAUUCCAACGACCCACUGAAGUGAUGGAAGGACCUCACUCUGCUUUCCUACCGCAGGGUCUCAUCUGGACUGUGACGAUUUAUGAUGAUCUGGGAUUAGAAAGUACUUUCACCACAGUUUACUGAGUUUACAUGGUCAGAAGAGGAAGCUAUUUGUUACUGUCUUGUGUAGAUUUUUUUUUUUUUUAAACGACCUGUCAAUCAAUUUGGAGUUUUAGUAGUGGGCAUCAGGCCUUUCAGACAGGCAUUUUAUUCCCUAAUUCUGUCUGUGACAUAACUGAUACAACGGCUGCUGUUUCCCUGAGAGGUGCAGGUCUCACAGAGGUUCAAGCCUCCAGGAACCUGGAUCCGUCAGUGGGAGUUACUAGUGCAGUGACAAGAACAUGAUUGCUCAGCAGCUUCCUACAUAUAAACUCUGUCACUUUUAUUUUUCAUUGUUGCUGUUUGUAAAACUUGCAACAACUUGAAUUUUGGCCAGUUGAUGAGAACAGACGCAUACUGUGAACACAACACUGAUAUCAUCACAUUUUAAGUUAACAAGUGGAACUUGUUCUCAAUCAGUUCCACACCCAGCAGGUCAGACACAGCACAGAUCAACGUGAUCCUUCAUCUGAAGUGGUGUUUGAGUCCACGUGAUGAAUCUAAGUCCAGUAUUCCUGCUCUUUUAGCUCUGUUUUUGGUCUCCACCAGCUCCUGAGGGAAAUGUCUGGCUCUUUAGCUGCUAAAUGCUCCACUAAGUUCACCAGCUGCUCUCUGCCUGUGUCUGUCUGCUGUUUGCUGCUGAGCAGGUAGAAGACAAAUGGAUUUUAAAGGUUUUUUUUCUCGUGAGAACAGCUGCUGCUGUGGCCGAACACAACGCUAUGUGAGCAGAGAGAGAGUGACCCAGAACAGUUGUGUCCAGACAGAUAAACAAUGAGCUGAAACAAACUAUAAAACUCCCUAAAGCAAGGGGGUGUUUAUGUUUUCAGUUUUUAUCUAUUGUUUACAUCAUUCAUGUUUGAAAAUAAUUGAAGUCAAAUGUGUUUUUGAAAUUGCCAAAAAAAAAAAAAAGUUUAAUAUAUAUUUUAUAUUUGCCAUUUGUCAGGGGACAUUCUUACUGAAGCAAUAGUCAGAUACAGUUAGCACAAAGGAGGGGGCGCAGGAAUGUAAUGUGAUAAGCAUUUGGACCUGAAUACAAUUGGAACUCUCCACGGCCACAUUCCACUGGGAAUAAAUGGCAAACUGUCCAUUUAAAUGUUUUAUUUUUAUUUCAUUUGUAUUUUUAUGUACAGUUUCUCAAGAAUUCUGUGUUUAAUAAGUGUUCUCCUGUAGAACCUUUCCAUGAUAAGUCAUAUGGUACUCAACCGAACACCUCUGUACAACACUUCUUAAUAUGAAAAAAAGGAAAGCACACCUGAACACAGGUUGUUGUAAAGCCAUUUUACACGGUAUUACACUGUAUAGAAUAUACGCACGACUUGAGCGUCAGUACAUGCCCUUUUAUUGUGUAUUUACAAGUUAUUUAUUAUGAAGGCAUUAUACAUGCUAUUGCCAAGAGACACUGAGGUCUGCACUGUAAGUUUUUAAUAGUUUUAUUACCUUAUCUUAAAGAAGUGCACUAACUUUGACACAAGAGUCUGACAAACUACACAGUUUACAAGGAAAAGACUGAUUUCACUUACAUACAUCAUGUUUUGAAGAGAAUGUAUAUGUCUUGUAAUGUGUUGUAAGAUCUGUAAGACUGUAUUGUUUUCUUCUUUUUAUAUAAAAGCGAAUUCAAAAAU